AUGGACCAGCUGUCACAGUGCUCACUGAUGGCGCGAGGCACCCCUCUGCCCGACCUGCUUGCAACAGAAACCAUCAUGCUGGUCACGGGCAGCUCUGGCUGCUGGACUGUAGUGAAUGCGCGUGCAGCUGGCGGGAUGGUUGCUGUCCUCCUCAUCACGAGGGCGCAUGCAGGCGGAAGGCUUGGCACGUCCGCAG